AUGAGUUAUGAUAGAGCCAUAACUAUUUUUAGCCCGGACGGGCAUCUGAUGCAGGUGGAAUACGCAAUGGAAGCCGUGAAGAGAGGAGGAUGUGUCGUCGGAGUUAAGUCAAACAACGCGGUUGUUAUAGCAGCCGAAAGAAAGAGCACCACCAAGCUCCAGGACGCAAGGUGUAACAAGAAAAUACUCCAACUGGACGAAAAUCUCGCCUUGGCGUUCGCUGGGCUAAACGCAGAUGCCAGGGUUCUGGCUAACAAGACGAGACUCGAAUGCCAGAGAUACAAACUGAACAUGGACGAACCGGCUAACGUAGGAUAUAUAGCAAAGUAUAUCGCAAGACUGCAGCAGAAAUAUACACAUCGCGGAGGAGUAAGGCUGUUUGGAGUCUCUCUGUUGAUAGUGGGCUUCGACUCGAACGGGAAACCAGGAUUGUUCCAAACAGAACCCUCUGGAAUUUACUCAUCUUGGAAGGCGCAAUCAAUUGGAAAAAACUCUAAGCACGUGCAAGAGUAUCUGGAAAAAAACUAUAAAGAAGACCUAAGUCCGGACGAAUCUUUGAUGCUGGCAGUGAAGGCACUGUUUGAAGUGGUAGAAAUCUCGUCAAAGAGUAUAGAAGUGGCAAUUUUAAAAUCAGACGGAAUGACGAUCCUGGAAGAAGAAGCACUCGAAAAUAUAGUGGAAGUGCUCAACACGGAGAAGAUGGCUAGCACGUAA